UCCCCCAAAAUGCAGACCAAGACACUCAAGCAUGGUGUUCGCGCCCUGACUGGAGGAAAAGGAACCGCGCUACUCCUCCUCCCAGGCUGGCCUCAAACCGCCGAAGCAUUCGCGGAACUCUUUCCCUACCUCUCGCCACACUUCGAAGUAUGGGUGCUCGAUCCUCCCGGCCUAGGAGAUUCGGCGCCGUCCGCGGAAGGCUACGACACGAGGACCAUAAGCCGCCUUCUUGCAGAAUCGAUCGAAGCCUCUAUCCCGGACGCCUACCACAUCGUCGGACACGACAUUGGCGCCUGGAUCGCAUUUGCUUGGGCUGUUCAGUUUCCCGAUCGUCUGCGAAGUCUGACUUUGCUGGACUCGGCCGUCCCUGGACAUGCUCCAUCGAUGACCUUUCCACUGCCGGCGCCGGUGAACGAGAAGCUGUGGCAGUUCAGCUUCAACUCUCUGCCCGAGCUCCCAGAGAUCUUGACGCAGGGACGGGAACGUCAACUCUUCGACUGGUUGUUUGAUCGAAAAUCGCAGCAUCCAGAACGUAUCACGCAAGCAAAACGGGAUCGAUACGUCGAAUACUACUCCAGACCUGGGGCCAUGACGCAAGGAUUCGAAUAUUACCGUGCAGUCGCCACCAGCUCGGCUCAAAACAAAGAGCCCGGCUCGAAAUUCAUAGACAUGCCUAUCCUCGCUCUCGGAGGACAGCAUGCCGUCGGUUGGGGAUUGAAGCUGUCUAUGGAAGGACUGGCUCACAAUGUCGGAGGCGGCGAGAUUGCAGACUGUGGUCACUACAUUCCUGAAGAGCAGCCAGAGGAGCUGGCAAAGAGGAUGCUGGAGUUCUUGCAGGGUGUUUGGUGCAGCAUUGAGCUUUAUAAGUGGCGCGUGGAGCUUGCGGUUGAUGCAGAGGUCGAUACUUGA